AUGAUGCCCAAAGUCCUUCCGCCCAACUCGAUCAACGAAAUCAACACCUCGUCUCGCAUCCACAGACACUCGUCAAGGAUGGUUCAACGCAGGCCGAGCACUCGCAAGCGCGAUGGGAGUGCUGAUUCAUGGUCGCGCCACAACCCAACCCGCGGAGCUCGCGCACCUCGACCAUCGCAGGCGCUCCAGAGUUCGCACGUAGACCUCCAAGCCAUCAGCUCGCAAGCCAGCAACUCGCGGCGCGCGGACAUCGUCGCCGCCACCACGAAGAUUGCGGGAUCCUUCCUCGCCCACAGUGUACCUCGAGGCAUUCCGGCGCCACCACUCGAGGUUGCUACUCCCUCGCCGCCAGCCCACGCACUAUCACGCGGAGGUCCAGCAAGUAUAGGCCGCCCGCGCAUUGAGACAAUCUCAAAGGGGUCAGACGAUGCGUUGCAUACGCGGCCUACACUGAAGGCACCUAAGGCUUACCAAUCCCAUCGCGCGCGUGAUGAUGCUCCUUUUCGUCUCAUGGAUCUUCCUAUGGAGGUUAGGGACCAGAUAUUCGGAUACUUCUUCUACGAGCAGCGCCAUGCCUUACGCAAGAGAGUUGGAGCCUCCUACGCUUCAUCCUGUGGUAGCAAGUAUUCCCGCGGUGAUCCCUUCACCGCUAUCAUCAAGAUCCUCAAGGACAACACUUUCCUCGUCGUGGACGAGUCCGGCAUUGUCACURUCAGUAAAGAGGUGGCAGCCCAGUACCAGAAGGCGAUGGAGCUGAUCGGACGCAUCAACAAAGGACGCGGCAAGCACGCCAACUUCACCCUCGUCCUCGGGUUCACUCAGAACUGGGAAGUUAGCGAUGCUGAGUACCAGUGGAACCCAAACUACAAGAAGCCAGAGGAGUGGCAAGGAGAUCAAGCCGAGCAGCGUUUGAAGCGCUGGUUCGAUGCUCGCGCGGCAGAGAAGGAUAUUAAUCCGCAGGAAAUCGUGCACGAUUUGGAGGGUUCCCCCGCUGUGAAGGGCCAUGACCCCGAACUGCUUGCUGGAGAUCUUCAGUACUGGGCGCGAACGAGGCACUGGAUCGUACCAGGUGGAGCCAGCAGCACAUUUGAUUACCACGAAUUCCACAGCAAAAAGCUUGUUCCGUGGGACGGCUUCGUUGAGGUCGACUACGCCAUCGAUCUCGAGCUGCCGCCAGAGUCUGAAGAUGCGGCCGAACUGGCUACGCGCGAGGGAGAUUACGACAUCAUCGAAGUCUUCAAGCAAUGGGACACGGACCCAGACCCACUGUAA